GGCCUCUGUCUCUCUCCCGUCGUCAGCCACAUUCACCGGUACUCAUCUGACCGAUCUAGGGUUUCGCAGUCGUCAUGUACCGCACGGCAGCUUCACGAGCUAAGGCUCUUAAGGGAAUUCUUAACCGCAAUUUGUGUGCUUCUCGCUAUGCAAGCUCUAGUGCUGUUGCAACGAGUUCUUCUUCGGCAUCCGGUUCCUCAAGCUGGCUAAGUGGAGGCUACUCUAGGGCACUUCCUUCUAUGGACAUUCCCUUGACUGGUGUCUCUCUUCCACCAUCACUAGCUGACCAUGUUGAGCCUAGCAAACUUAAAAUUACUACUCUUCCAAAUGGACUGAAAAUAGCGACUGAGAUGUCUCCGAAUCCAGCAGCCUCCAUUGGUUUAUACGUUGACUGUGGUUCUAUUUAUGAGACUCCUCAAUUCCGUGGAGCGACGCACUUGCUUGAAAGGAUGGCAUUCAAGAGUACAUUGAACAGAAGCCAUUUUCGACUUGUAAGGGAAAUAGAGGCUAUGGGAGGUAAUACUUCAGCUUCUGCAUCUCGAGAGCAGAUGGGUUACACAAUCGAUGCUCUCAAAACCUAUGUUCCCGAAAUGGUUGAAGUGCUUAUUGAUAGUGUGAGGAACCCUGCAUUUUUGGAUUGGGAAGUGAAUGAAGAGCUCCGAAAGGUGAAAGUGGAGAUAGGAGAAUUCGCAACGAAUCCAAUGGGUUUUCUCUUGGAGGCAGUUCAUUCUGCUGGUUACUCUGGCGCAUUGGCAAAUCCAUUGUAUGCACCUGAAUCUGCAAUUACUGGAUUGACUGGGGACGUCUUGGAGGAGUUUGUUUCUGAGAAUUACACUGCUGCACGAAUGGUCCUAGCAGCUAGUGGAGUUGAUCAUGAAGAACUUCUAAAAGUGGCUGAGCCAUUACUUUCUGACCUUCCUAAUGUAAGCCGACCAGCGGAGCCAAAAUCUCAAUAUGUCGGUGGAGAUUUCCGUCAACAUACGGGUGGAGAGGCUACACAUUUUGCGCUUGCUUUUGAAGUGCCAGGAUGGAAUAACGAGAAGGAAGCUAUUAUUGCAACUGUUCUUCAGAUGCUUAUGGGAGGAGGUGGCUCAUUCUCUGCGGGAGGUCCUGGAAAAGGAAUGCACUCUCGGCUCUAUCUUAACAUUUUGAACCAACAUCAGCAGUUUCAGUCAUGCACUGCAUUCACUAGCGUCUUUAACAAUACCGGAUUGUUUGGAAUCUAUGGUUGCACGAGUCCUGACUUUGCUUCACAGGGAAUUGAAUUAGUAGCUACUGAAAUGUACGGUGUUGCUGGAGGAGCAGUUAAUCAGAAACAUCUUGAUCGCGCCAAAGCAGCAACGAAAUCUGCAAUUCUGAUGAAUCUGGAAUCUCGGAUGAUUGCAGCAGAAGACAUAGGUAGACAGAUACUUACAUACGGAGAGAGGAAACCAGUAGACCACUUCUUGAAGACAGUAGACCAACUUACCUUAAAGGACAUUGCAGAUUUCACCAGCAAGGUUAUCGCAAAGCCUUUGACAAUGGCAUCGUUCGGAGACGUGUUGAAUGUUCCAAGCUAUGACUCCGUAAGCAAAAGAUUUCGUUGAAGCUGAAGAAGAAGUAAAAAGAUCUUUUUGCAUCAGAAGAUAGAGUUGGGACCUGUAUAAUAAAGAUAGCCUUUUUUU